AUGACGGACAUCCAGCCAACGACACAUCGCGAAGAUAUCUCGCCCGCCGGCGAGAAGGUCGCCAGCCCCGCCCUGGCCGACUCCGCCCCCGCCCAGCCUGUGGCCAAGAAGUCGCGCCUCGGCGCUGUCGGCCUCAUCUUUGCCUGCGGUGCGGCGCUCUUCUCCGACGGCUACGUCAAUGCCGCCUCCGGACCCACCGUCACCAUCCUCUCGUACGCCUACCCGGACUACCCCGGCUUCGCCACCUUCGAGUCGCGCUUCUCCUCGCUCGUCUUUGCCGGCACCGUGUUCGGCAUGCUCCUGUUCGGAUUCCUCGUUGACCGCAUCGGACGCAGGCACGGCAUGUGGUUCGCCUCCAUCUGGCUCUGUCUCUGGUCCGUCCUCAUCGCCGGCGCUUGGGGCGCAGGUGGAUCCAUCGGUGGUCUCUUUGCCGCCCUCGCUGCGUACCGCUUCAUCAUCGGCAUCGCGAUCGGCGCCGAAUAUCCCUCAGGCUCCGUCGCAGCGAGUGAGAACACCGAAGGAGAGGGUGUUGCGAAGAGCCGCCAGCAGAUGUACUUCAUCAUCGCUACUAACACCAUGAUCGACCUCGGUUUCGUCGUGGCGGUCCUGGUCGCGUAUAUUUUGCUGCUCAUUUUCGGAAUUAAUCACCUGGCUUGGGUGUGGCGUCUGACGCUCGGUCUCGGUGCUAUUCCGCCGCUGCUCGUCUUCUUCUUCCGCAUGGGCAUGCAGGAGCCCGAGCACUACCGCAAGGGUGCCAUCAAGAAGAACAUCCCCUACCUGCUCAUCUUCAAGCGCUACUGGGUCCGUCUCGUUGCCGUCUGCCUGGCCUGGUUCGCCUACGACUACGUCAGCUACCCCUCGGGCAUCUACUCGUCGAUCAUCAUCAAGCAGCUCAACCCGGGCAACGGCUCGGACUACGACACGCUCAAGAAGAGUCUCGCCUACUCGACUGCGCUCAACUGCUUCUAUCUGCCCGGCACCAUCAUCGGCGCUUUCAUCUCGGACAGGCUGGGUCCCAAGCACACCAUGAUCCUCGGUCUGCUCAUCCAGGCCGUGCUUGCCUUUGUCAUGGGCGGUGCCUUUGGCCAGAUCCGAGAAUCGCUUGGCGGAUUCAUCGUGGUAUAUGGUCUUUUUCUCGCUGCCGGUGAGCUGGGGCCCGGGAAUAACCUCGGAUUGCUCGCUUCGAAAGCUUGCGGACCCGCUGCCGUACGUGGCACAUUCUAUGGCAUCGCCGCCGCGAUAGGCAAGGUCGGCGCCUUCUCCGGAUCCUAUGCGUAUCCUCAGAUUCAGGCCGACCUCGGAACGCCCAACGACAACAUUUACUACGCCGGUCCGUUCUACAUUGCCGGUGGUCUGGCCGUGUUCUCGGCGAUCAUUACGUUCUUCUUUAUCCCGGCCAUCGGACAGGACAGCAUGAAGCACGAGGACGAGGCGUUCCGUCAGUACCUCGCCGACAACGGAUACGACGUUUCGCAGAUGGGUCUCGUCGAUAAGGAUAACCCGGCCACCUUUGAGGAGGGCAGCAGGACGAGGUCGACCGACGAGGGAUCCGUGGAGAACAAGGAAAAGAGCCAAGGCCACGAGGCUACCGUCACCUCGACGGCUCUCAACUGA